ACCAGUUUGGUUUGAACCAGUUUAUCUGCAUUCAAAAAAGCGACUUUUUGUUGUUAUUUUUUGCUUUUAUCACCAGCUAAACGACCACACGCACAACCUCAUACUUUUUGUGGAGUUCUUUGUUCGCACAUCCACCACAUCUUCCCAAUCCCAUCCUUUCUUUCCCGCGACAGAUUUUUGGUCGAACGCUACGUGAGAAGUUUUUAAACUUUUUGUCGUUCGAUCAUCGUAUUUCAUCUUCAUUCAACAUACUUUUGUACAUGUUAAAACCUAGUUAUAAUCGAAAAUGAAUUACGGAAACGGACAGUACUACGGCAACGGCCAAUUCUAUCCUGGCCAGCAAUGGGCUCCGCAACAGCAGUGGACAGGUGAGAAUCUUCUAUUUAUGAAAAAAGUCGUCAGACAAAUGUUGAUGUAUUACAAAGCUUCUAUCAACUACAACAAUUUUCGAUCCGCAUCCCUCACUUCAAGUUCAAGUCACCUCAUAACAAAAGUGAUAGUGUAACUUUAUCCCCGCUUCCACCGCUUAACCUAUCACAGGCCAACAGCAGGACUGGGGCCAGCAACAGUGGCAGGGUCAGCAAGACUGGGGCCAGCAGCAAUGGCAAGGGCAGCAAUGGCAAGGCCAGCAAGACUGGGGUCAGCAGCAACAGGGUUAUGACAAUUAUAACUAUGGAGGCCAGAAAGGCGGAUGGAAACCACAAAACAAGGGAAAUGGCAAGAGCCCGAAGAGUAAGAAACCUUGUUUUAGUAAGAUCGAUAAGUACUUAGAACAACAUGCUAAAAGUCUAUCUGUAUCUUAUUGAUUUUCUUCGUUACUUUACGGUCAAUUGACCUUUUUGCUGUCUGAAUGCAUUGAUUUAUCAGCAAAAGCAAUUCUAGAGUUUGUCCUGUUUCAAUAACUUCAGAUGCCGACAACAAGAAAAAGGAGCCCAAGGAAAUGACGCUGGAGGAGUACAACGCCCAAAAGAAGGCCAAGGCAGAGGCCGCCAAGGCGGCUGCAGCCAAAAAAGCCGCACAGCCUCAGGAAAAAGCAGCACCAAUCAAAAUGUCCAAAGAGGACUUAGACAAGACAUUUAGUUCCAAGCCAGCUGCCGAGGGGAGUAGUCCAACUGCAAAAGAUGAAGAAGCACCAUCCGCAGGAGCUGAUGCCCCAGCUGCUGAGCAGGGGUCUGCUAGUACACCAACAACAGAUACGAAACAGCAAGACGACGGCGACAACUGGGAUGACGAUGUGAGUGACGACGACGACAAGGCAGCUGAAGCCGCUAAGAAAAAAGAGGAGGAAGAGGCAGCCGCUGCUGCAGAACAAGCCGCAGCUGCCAAAAAGAAGGCAGAAGAAGAAGCGGCAGCCGCAAAGAAGAAAGAAGAGGAAGCGGCAGCCGCUGCAUCAUCAAAGCCAGACAAAGCGUCACCAGAUGAUGCGCCAGAAGCGGGUACAACAACUUCAUUAUGAAUUAUUACGUAUCAUGUUCUUGAUGGGUGUUUUCGUCCUUUAAAUUUUUUCUUGUCAUCUUUGUUUCUACAAGACAAUCAUAUCCUCUUUGAGAUCGAAUUUGAAGCAACAUUUUUUCUUUCGAUCGCGUUGAACACAACGAAGAACUCUUGACAACGAACCUGUCAUUCACAAUACCACCACAGAAGAAGAAGUCGUCGUCAAGCCUCCAGGAAGCUUGCCGGAUCCGGAUUCUAGACCACAUGCGAAUAUCGUCUUCAUUGGUCACGUUGAUGCGGGGAAAAGCACAACCUGUGGAAAUAUUCUCUUCCUUACGGGUUACGUGGAUGACCGAACUAUUGAGAAGUACUUUCUGCUUAAGCACUUGUGUUUAUUGUUCAGGGAAGUCGUAGGUCCAGGCCGAACCGACUAACGUCAUCAUUUGCGAUCAAAAUGUAGUAGAUCAUGACAAUGCGCCAUUCUUUUUUUCAUUUCACGACAGUUCUUUAUCUAUUCUAUCUGUCUCCGUUGUAGUUGUUUCUGAGAGAACCUCCGCCUCAACCUCAGAUACCAACGUGAAGCCAAAGAGAAGAACCGAGAUUCAUGGUUUUUGGCGUACAUUAUGGACACCUCGGAGGAAGAGAAGGCAAAGGGAAAGACGGUCGAAGUCGGAAGAGCUCAAUUUACAACGGAAAACAAGAGGUUUACGAUCCUAGAUGCACCAGGGCACAAAUCCUAUGUGCCAAACAUGAUCUCCGGAGCUUCGCAGGCGGAUAUUGGCGUGCUCAUUAUCUCGGCAAGAAAAGGUAUUCGGCAAGCCGAAACUUCUUCACUUAAAAUAUUAUCAUCUUUUGUUCCUUCUAAGUCUAAGUAACUUAAACUUCUUCACUUGAAAUAUUAUCAUCUUUUGUUCCUACUAAGUCUAAGUAACUUAAACUUCUUUCAACUUGAAAUAUUAUCAUGUAUGGUUCUGGUAUUUUUGGUAUAGCCUGAAUUUGAUCCUAAGGGUUCUCCUCUUGUUUUCCCUUAUGAUCAAAUUCAGGUUACCAAAUACCGGAACCAUUCAUAUCAUCUUUUGUUCCUACCUUCUAAGUCUAAGUAACUUAAACUAUAAUCACUCAGGUGAGUUCGAAACCGGUUUCGAAAAGGGCGGGCAAACUUCCGAACACGCAGUCCUGGCCAAGACUUUGGGUGUUGACAAGCUCAUCAUCGCGGUCAACAAGAUGGACGAUCCAUCAGUGCAGUGGAAGCAGGAACGAUAUGACGAGAUCGUAGGAAAGAUGAAGCCUUUCCUCAAAUCCGCGUGCCAAUUUAAGGAUGACCAAGUCAUCUUCUUGCCGAUUAGUGGUUUGAAUGGCGAUAACCUGAAGGAGAGAAAAAACUCGCCAAGUUGGGUCACUGGAGAAACCUUCUUCGAGACGAUCGAUAAGUUGGAUCUAGGUACUACGACAACUAGUGAGGAUUUUCUUUUUAAGAGAUAUUUUUUUUUUGAAAAUCAAUGAGUGUGGUUCUACUUUGUGAUUAAUUUCCAAUUGAUUCUUCAUCACGAGUACAACUUCAUCUAGCUAUUCAUCUUUUCAACUUCUACAAGAACGAACAUGAAGAAAUUCAACAUUUUUUUUACUCAACCAACAUUUUUACUCAACACAGGUGUCCACGCCAAGGCUACCGCCCCUCUCCGUAUUCCCAUGCUUGAGGGAUACAGGGAUAUGGGUAGUUUGAUGGCUAUCGGAAAAGUCGAACAGGGAAGAAUCACUCCAGGCAUGAAGUGCAUUGUGCAACCAACAGGCAAAACUUGCACAGCAGUCCAAGUCAUAAUCGGCGAGCAAGAGGUCGCUUAUGCAACAGUAGGAGAAAAUAUUACGGUGAAAGUCUCAGGAGGCAUCGCUGAAGAGGAUUCGCGAAAGGGCUUCGUGCUCUGCCCAGUGAAAGACCCAGCUAGACCCGUCAUUCGCUUCAAAGCGCAAUUCAAGAUUUUGGAGCUGGUCGAAGGAAGAAAUCUAUUGACUUCAGGGUACUUUGAAUUUCUAUCUUGCAUUGACCUCACUCUCCUAGGAGAAAACGAACUCCUCUCGUAUCUACCAUCUACUGCUUGCUAUUGCUCAUGCAAAAGGAGAAAUAUUUAUGAAGUUUGUUCUUCAUGAAUAAACUAAUUUCAACAAUGAUGAACCUUCUUCCCCCUAACAACUCAAUCCAGAUACCGUUGCGUCGUGCACUUCCAUACCGCUGUUGAAGAUUGCGAGAUCACGAAACUCCUUGAAACCAUGACCCUUCAGCCUAAGAAAAAAGUAACUGCCAAUCCUAAGUUCGCCAGAACAGGAGAUGUCCUGAAGUGUGUCAUUACGCUAGACCGCAAGGCAGCUAUGGACUCCUUCGCUGGGUGCGAGAAGAUGGGUCGUUUCACUCUGCGUGACGAAGGUAUCACUGUCGGAAUCGGAAAGAUCCUCGAACUGUCGAAGGCUGAGAAGUGAACCACUACGACUACAAGUUGUAAGAACACUUUCACUUCUUGAACCAGCUGCACAUCUUCUGGGACCCAAACAAAAAUAGGAAAAGGAACAGAAAGUAAAAGAAGCACAUCCUUGCAGAACCAGAACUACCAGGACAACCUCCUUCAGAAUGAGAACUACAAACUAAAGAAUGGCAUCAGAAGCGCCGAUCUCGAUGCCCUCGAGACGAACUUCCGCACAUUGCUUCAAAGCAUUAAGAUGUAAGUUGAUUUUGGAUUUCGAUGUAAGAAGUUGCCAGACACACGAAUGUGCAUGGUGGAUGUUGGAACUUGUAAAAAAGAUGUCUACACAAUGACAACGUCGAAGUAGAUGCUUUUAUCCUUGAUGAUGUCACAGCUUCUACUUGUUGCAUGCUGCUUGAUGUCUUCUAAUAAAGUGUUUGUUACAUCAAGCAGUGACCGAAUGAAUCCUACGAAAUCUUCAGCACAUCAUGAUAAUGACACAUGAACCAAGAACAAGAGCCAUCCGACCCUCUAUAACUCUCUGACAAUUCAAAAGAAUCGCAUGUAGCAUCUGUACUGUGCAUAGAAGUCGUGCUAAUGCUGAAUCUGCUAUGUAUCAGAUAUCAAAUUAGAAUUAGCCCAUCCUUGAGAAUUGGAUUUGAAGAAGGUGUAAGUGAAGAAGAGGAAAGAGAAAUGAAAUACAGAGGGCAGGACCACCGAAAGUGCCUUUUAAGCGUGCUCGUGUAAUGUGGAAAUCUGUUUCUUUGUCCUUGUUCUUGCCGUGGCAGUAACCUGUGGCAUGAUGGAGAUGAAAAAUCAGAAUGGACUCUAUCUGCACAAAAAGCACUGCGCGAGUUCGAGUUGUGAAAAACGACGAGAUUGAAGAUGGUGCUGGCCCGAGAGAAUUCAAUUACGCGCGAAGAACCCUCUACUUGGUAGUUGUAGCUUCCGAAAUGAAAAAUCAGAGAUUUUAGUAGCGUGUCUACAACGUCAAUGCACGACAAUGUCCACAGGUUUUCCUUUUGUCAUUUUGGAUUGUGAAUAGAUGGUGAGAACUUGUAUUUUUGACACAAUGCAUUCAUUCUCCUUGUGACAGCUGUAGAAAAUUGGAAAUAAGCGAGAUUUAGAACCGAAAUCUCUAACACUUUGGAGUCUUGGAAUGAGAAAAGAAUGCAAACAAGCCAAGUGGUUGCGCCAAAGCUAUUUCUCACAGCGAUCAAGACGAUGCUUGUUUGGGGCCGCUUAUGCAUGUAAAGCAUGUCGGUGAAAAGUUUGCUUAUUAGACUGUCAACGGCGAACGCGAAGGCCCCCUGCUUAUAUUUUCUUUCUUCCUACUCCCGUGCUUGCUUGGAUGUUGGUUGAAAAACUGUUUCACGAAUGAUAUAUCACGGAGCGUAUGCGUCGAUUAGACUUUGAGUAAUUUGCCACGAAAGUAUAUCUCUCUUAGUUGUGAGUCAAAAAAUCUAUAUGUCCAUGUAAGUCAUAGCGAACACUUACAAGGAAGUGCGUGGACUUGUCGUAUCUUCGAUAGAGUUGUUACGCGAACUCGAGGGGAAAAUGUUGCCGCAGAGUGCAUCUUCACUCCAGAAGGACUGGAUGCAGAUCCUGAUCGGACUUAUUUGGUUCACUGUCAUUCUGAUCAUGUUGCUGGCUAAGAUGAAAGCGGUCCAAGAUGGGCUCUUGUUGGUCUUCUUGUGUGGUGCGACGGCUGUGCAGAAUUCCGAGACCAUAUUACCGUGGGUAACAAAGGACCAGCGAGUCGCAAGGAAUUUUACCGCACUCCAGAAGCACCUAAAAUACGAAUGUCUCUUUGUGACAGUGCUCUCGUGGGCAGUCUUGGAAUUCGUGCACACAGGAAGGACUGCAAUUCCAAGUGCCGACGGAUGGUUGUAUUUUGGCUGGACCUACCAGCUAGUAAGCCUUCUGGUUCACCUGAGGCGGCCGACGUGGCUUUUAAACCCCGUGGUUGCGCUAGGUCUCCGGCACGGCACGAGACACUUGCAAAGAGUAGUGCUCUCGGACUUGCAGAUGUGGAUGUACGUGGUUUUCGAGGUACCACGCGUUACGUUUCCUUUUAUAUAUAUGUGGACUUACAACAACUGCUCUAGCUCUAGUCUGGAGUUUUAAAUGUGAUCUCAUUCCGAACCCGAAGGGAUCGGUUGCGGUCGACGUCUCGGCUAAGAAAAUCUAAAAUCUUGUCCCUCUGAUAUUGGUCUCCGUGGAUCAUUCCCUCGCUUGGUCUCUUGGCAAGCUCAAUAUCUUUGAUUGAUGGCAAUGCUGCACCAUCUGCACUUUCACCCAGCUCUCUGAGAAGCAAGGUGUCUGGUUCAUACUUGGAGAUCAAGAACUUCACUCGUUCGGAAGAUCGGCGAUGAUCUUUAUGUAUAGCUUCAGCAUGAUGAGAAAAGUUCACGAUGGUCUUCUGACGUCCAAGGGCGAUGAAGUCCGAAGAACGCACCCAGCCAAUCUGACAGUUUCGGCCUUGCCUUUCUCGCAGACGGGAAGACGAAGGAUUGGCAAUUUUUGAGAAAAUCCGGCUCACCAAGGACCACUAACUGCCUAAACCACAUUCUACCACAGGCACUCGGAAUGUUCUUAGGACUAAUGCUUCAUUGCGUGCGGACCUCUGAUACGGAUCACUUGUCGCUCUUUCAUACUAUGGAGCCGGAUUUCAGGUCGGCGAUGGAAGUGGGCGUAGCCUCGCUCGUAAGUUACGUCAUGGUGCGCAUAACUGCGAAAAGAACAAUCGGAACCACCAAAGAAGCGUAACCGAAAAUAGCUUCAAUUUUCCGUUUGAGCUUCUACUUCAGCGCAAAAACAGUCUUGGUCUUAAAAUGUGAGGAAUUUUCGGCUCUCGUCACUCUCGAACCAUUUAUGUGACUAUUUAUGUGAGUGGCAGGUAAUUUCAGGCGAUUACUUCGCAGAGAUCGACGUGUUCUAGUGCUGGGCAGCGAAUGAAGUGAGUUGAUGGCUCAUCAUGGUGACGGUGAAGCCGAGGAAGGCAGAGAGCAGCUGUUACUCUUGGAGAGAUUAGAGCGAGCAGUGCAAUGGGUUUUUAUUCAAUCUAUGAGGUCGAGAGAGCUGCACAAGGCUUCGCUCCGGCAGUGAUAAGAAGGGUGUCGUGGUGGUAAACUCAUAUGACAAAUGAUCAUGACUUGAGGUAGUUAUUGCAGUAAAGAAUGACUUCGCGGCAAGGAUGCGGCGCCCAGGGUCUUCGUGUCGUAGCGUCUAGGGACCUUCCAUGGUCCUACUGUUUGCUUUUCCUGCCGCUUACCCUGCUGACCGGCGUGUCGGUCGGAGGGCAGAACGAGGCGCAACAGGACGCGCUGCAGAAGCCGCCGUCGGCAGGACAAAGCAGCGAGCGAGUUAGCGUUGGUAGCGGAUCUCUCCAAGACCGAUGGCAGGAAAUCAGCUCCGCCCUGGUUGGGACAAGGACGCUCAGUGAUGGUGGCAGUGCCGUCAGCAGUGAUGCUGGUGCGGCGUCCACUUCAGAAAUCAAUGGCACGACGCAAUCAGCUGAUCCGCCUAUCAACUUGGAGCCGGGAUGCGCAGCUCUUCCGGAGAUGGUUCGGCUGCGGAACAGCAUCCAGCGCAUGUCAGAUAUGAAAUUGACAGAGGGUGACGAAGACCCAAUGCAAAUUUGUGCGCUUGUCUACGAUCGCUACGAAGACGACCCAGGCAUCUUUAAUCAAUGCGCAGGUGGUGUGGUAACGGCGCUCGUCUACCUCUCGAUCGCACAAGAGACGGACCUAAAGUGUAUGGUGUUCAUGAUACUAUAUGGAAUUGUGACGGAAUUCAGUAACUGAUUCUCACUUAGGUCCAGGAGUGGUUCCCGUAGCUUCCUCUGCGGAGCGACGGCAUUUGCAUUCCGGUAAGAAAUAGCAGACUGAAGUCAAUCCUUCGUGUAAGCACAACUUUUUUGCUCCUUUUCAUCGCUCACGAACUACUACGUAAAGCAACGUACUUACUAUUUGCUUCGGAAAGCCUGGAUUUAGGGUCCUGGCCGGUCAGGGACGAGUUGGUGCGUACACUGUACGCUAACACGGAGGGGCAGAAGCCGCCCCUCGUGGUACCCAAGAAACUGCGGGCGCCUAUCGGCGUUGAUACCACAGAAGCGGUGGAGCGGAACCUGAAAUAUGAAAAUAGUCUGACUGUACACUUCGACAGCGUCAUGUUCUACUACUUCUACGAACCGGAGGAGGAAAAUCCUUGCGUGUGUCGUAGCGGGUCUUGGUGUCUGCCAUAUUGGGUGCGCGCAUUGACCAACGCGACGGUAGAUGUGUGGGUGGCUGGCCGCGACGUAAAUCGGACUGUUUAUCGCAUGGAUGCACGCGGAUGUCUCGUGUCGUUGCGUCAAGGUCUCGCAAACUUUUCGCUACUGCAAGCCAAGGCUUUCGAUCUUCUUUUUGUCUUCGAGGUCAACAGCUUCAUGCACCCGGAGGCACGGGGAGGGAUCUUCGCGAAGAAAACCAUACUAUAUCCGACUUACAACUUAUCCCCAGGACAAGUGCGGAACUUUGAGGCGCAGAAAAUAUCCGUCCUACGCGACGACCAAGUGUUGAAACCGCCAAACCCCCGCUAUCGAGAAAUCCUUGAAAACAUGCUCGCGGCUCCGGGGUCAGUCCUUGAGGUGCAGGAGGAGACCGAAGAAGCCCUAGCAAGGGCUUACGGGGUCACUGACGUGUCGACGCUGCCUUACCCUAAUCAGACGCGAACAGAAUGGCAGAAGGUAGCACCCGAGGAGCUCAACGCGAGCGAAACUGUGUCACAAGCGGCAACUGAAGGCCUAGCAGGAGUGCCCGUUCCAGCAACGGGCUCGCCCCAGGGAGGUUGGAAAAAUUCAUCAAGUUCAUCUGUCGCGCAGAAGAAAGAGAAGGGAUUGAUUCGCAUGGAUGAGUUCCGCGAGAAGGCUGAUGGCACACGGGAGCAAAAGGUAGUGCGAAUUUUGCCUGAAGCAAAUAUGACCGCCUCGCGGUUGCCUCCUCGCUUCCUCCAUUUUCCGCCUGACAAGAGUGCGCUAAUCUAUCCGGCACUGCUGAAACCGGCCAAAGGGCAAUUGGAUUUUUUGAACAUGUUGUACCACCGGGACGGCGCACGGGAGAGCGCGGAGACGGAACAGAUACUAAGAGGUGUGCACGUCUAUUUCAUCGGAGCGUGUGGUGGGAACGUCACCUACUGUUCACAAACUGCUGUUCGGUGCGCACAGCUCAGAGGGCGGCUAAGCUUAUGAAUGUUUUUCGACGUCUUCUGGGGGAAAUUGCUGUGUGCUUUCGCAGCAGUCAGAUUGUCACUUUUUUCUCAAGAUGCGGAGACUAGUGGUACUACUUAGAGUCAAUAGCACGAAUCGUGGUUCAAGUCUCAUGUCUACGCGUUUAUCCAGAAUUAUAUCGAUUCCAUGUACUCUUUUUGCAUAGAUGUGGCUCUAAUAGAAGGUUUCCAGUGUACUUUUCUGAAUAGUCUGACGGAGCGCGAGAUGGCUUUGGUAUACCGGAACGCGGCGGGCACGCUUUUGUACAGCAGCAACGACUGCAAUGCGCGCAUUCUGCACGAGUCGGUGCUGAUGAAUAAACCGUUUUUCGCCACCGCAGAGGCGCAAGUGCCUGCCAGCAUGCAGCACCUUGGCCACAUCGUAGAUUUCGGUGCGGAAGAUGUGUCAGAGGAAUUUGCCUUGUUUGUGAACGCACUACGCAAAAACAUGUGGGGAGAUCGACCUAGGAAAUUUGCCCAACAGCAUCUUUCAGACGAGGCGGCUUACGGCAAGAUGCUUCUGUAUAUGGAAAAGCAGUGGUGGGGCUAGAAUCACAGUGAUGCCAGCCGUGCCACCGAAGAACUGCAGGAAGGUCCCUGCAGCUGGUCGGUAACGAAUUCGAAUGGUGCUCAUGGUCUUAAACUACCCUACAUAUUUCAGUUAAAACCUGACAUUGCAAUUACUCGGUAGCAGUCUUUGCUAUCGCUGGGUAGUUCGGAGUGAGAGAUCUUUGUCUAAAAACAGACAAGUAGUACGGAAGAAUGAGGAGAAAGAACAGAGUCUAUCAAAAGUUCCCUGGGCGGAGAAUCGGAAACGUAGAACGCUCGGCUAAGAGUUACAGGCUGUUACUAGCUCAUUGUUGUCAUCCGUCGUUGUAAAUCAAUUCGUCCAUUGCAGGACUGAAUGAGCCUUCAUCGGUCUCCCUUUUCUAUGUAUUGGUUCCACUCCUCAAAUUCACGGAAUUACAGUGGGAGCUCAGAAGUUCGGAUAUGAAUCAUCACGAUGCUCUAAUCAUUCAAAGGCUAAUCAUCAGCAAGGGCAUACCCCAAUAAGUAAACGUUUACCCACUCCACUGAUGUGAGCCAACUUGAAUAAUCUGAAAAGGAAAAGCAAAGAUAGAAGUCAAAAUACACCAGCCACCACUUGCAAAAAACAGCAGACGCAUACUCCUUUGACGAAUUAUUUGCUCGAUCUUUUUCGACAAUGGCACACGAAGAUUCGGCACACGAAGAUUCUUCAGCAAUUUAGAGCUACCGCGCUCGCAUCCCUGAGAGCGUCCCUGGUCCCUUGCAAAAUACACCAGCCACCACUUGCAAAACAGACGCAUACUCCUUUGACGAAUGCUCGAUCGUAUUUGUUUUAUUUACUUACUCAAAUCUCGGACACAGAGAGAGAGGCUAAACGAAAUGAUGGGCGGUCGUGCGGCCAUCAUAGUCUCCUUGUUUCUCAAUGUUCUGUUCUUUUCGGGCGGAGAAAUUGGAUCGCUAUGCGGUAUCCAGAGUGUUGAAGGAGCAGGAUUGGCGUCGAGCGGACAGAUUCGAAGGUCCAAAGCUGCUGCAAAGAUCGUUCCAAGCGGUCUUGGUAAAGGAGCCGCGUGGUGGACCUGGUCACUGUCCUCCCGGACCUGCUAGAGGCGGUUAGGCGCCGUACUCCACGAAAACUUGGAGUUGAGGCCAAUCUCGUUGUCGAAACGUUUGAGCCGGCUUCGGUUUUCAAUGACCCGGCAGAAUCCUGGCGACAUGCGGAAAGGCGUCUGAAGAGCGAACAAGGGGGGUAUGCCUCGGUGGAAAGUGUAGUCCAGCUGGUUCGUGCUCUUGGCCUCGACGCGGGCGAGAGAAAUUGGACGGAAAUUCCUUCUCCACUUCAAAAUGGAGACGAAGGCGAAGAAAACGACUUGAUGCAGAUAGAAAACUCAACGUUCGCGCGGAUGAGAGUGCGUUUGAUAAGACCUUUGCAAAGUCACUGGAACGACCCCGCCACAAAAAACCUUCGGCUUCGGAGCAACCGGGCGAAGAAGAAGAAAAAGGAGACAAUGGACGAAAUGGCAUUUACAAGGGCCCACGCGCUCAAGAUCUUCCGUCACCAGUUAUGGCCGAUGUUGAACUGGAUCGUAGCGCAGUGUCAGCGUUUGCCUGCGGAGAAUGAUGGACUGUGCCUGUGGCGGCGGGGGGAUUGCGCAGGGCGAUGACUCAAGGACAGUUUUAACCUCACCCUUCGAAUGACGCAGCUCAGCAGUGAGGAUCUCCAGGCUGAAAAGGUAGACGAGCCAACUCAAGACUGGCAUCUCGAUAAUCCUCGUGCUGUGAAGAGCAAUAUUAAGCGAUUUCGUGAAGAGGCCGUCGAUGUCGAAUGUCCGCGAUUCAGCGUUCCUUUGUUCGGGCCACCGACUGUGGUUGUGAGCCAACCGAUUUGUCGUACAUGCAAGAUAAGGAUCGUAUAGACGGUAAGGCCAUCAGGAGAAGCCCAAAGGUUCGUGUCCGUCUGGACGAACAAAAAUAGGAAAAGGAACAGAAAGUAAAAGAAGCACAUCCUUGCAGAAUCAGAAGUAUCAGGACAACCUCCUUCAGAAUGAGAACAAACUAAAGAAUGAUAUUAGAAGCGCCGAUCUCGAUGUCCUCGAGACGAACUUCCGCACAUCGCUUCAAAGCAUUAAGAUGUAAGUUAAUUUUGGAUUUCGAUGUAAGAAGUUGCCAGACUACACACGAAUGUGC